UUUUGGCGUUAAGAUACGAAGGCACGAUGAAGAUCGCUGUGGCAAUUGUUUUUGUGGUAGCAUUAUGUUCGCACGUAUGCGAGGUGACGAGCGCUCCGUCGAAUUCCCCGGCCGUUGGCGGGUACGGUUCAGCUCCAGCGCCAGAAAAACAUUUAUCCGAGAGAAUCAAAGAAGGAGUGGGUAAAGCGGUACACGCGGCCAUGGUCGUGAAAACUGUCGCUCACGGGCUACACAGCAUUCGCGAACAUAAGGAGCAACAUGAUUCAGGAGCAUCGGCGGGACCCGGUGGACAUUCUCCCCGCGUUGUAAAACAAACUGGCACCAACUUUUUAGUUCUCCAUUAAUUAUUUUUAAUCUAGAUACUUUACUAAAUACCGCUUACUUAGUACUACUACUAAGUACUACUUUACUAAGUGAAAGGGUGACUGAUAGUGGAACUUCAUCAUAAAGCUUUGUGCCAUGUGCAUUUUACCUGAUAAGGCAUACAUUAUGUAGGAUAAGAAUUACUUGUAAGAAACAUAGACUUAAAUACUCGUGUGGAGAAGAAAUGAGAUUUGCAAUAAAAUACCUGAAGUAAAA